UCAAUUGGACAACCUGGUGCUAUGCAUGACACAAGUGUGCUAUAUCAUGCAAUUGACAAGGACAAGCUCACCUUCCCGCAUCCUCCAAAGGGUAAGUACUACCUUGUAGAUGCUGGCUAUCCUAAUAGAUUUGGAUACCUCGCACCAUACAAAGGAGAAAGGUAUCAUGUUCCUGACUUCCAUAGAGGUGUACCGCCAACUACUCCUGUCGAGAAGUUGAACAGGAUCCACUCGUCCAAGCGUAAUGUCAUUGAGUGUGGCUUCGGAGUAUUGAAGAUGAAAUGGCAAAUUCUCCUUAAGAUGCCGAAGUACUCAAUUGAAACCCAAAAGAUGAUUGUUGCUGCAUGUAUGACAUUGCACAACUAUAUUCGUGCUCAUGACAGAGAAGAUAUCCACUUUCAGCGAUUUGACAGGGAUCCGGACUAUGUGCCAGAAAUUCCGGAUCGCUAUAAGCGCUAUGUUGUUCCUCCUGGUGCUUCGGAUUCAUCAACUCCGGAGGCAAACGGGGCCGACAUGGAUGACUUUAGGGAUGAACUAGCUACCGCAAUUGCUCUAGGAUGGUGA